UGGUCCACUUAACGCUCGCAACGCCUCGAGCAACAAAGAUAGAAUCAGACAGAAUGACGUUACGAGCGUUAAGUGGACCAAACUAACCAACCAAACGCUACCGUGCUUACGAAACGAAAAAACGCCUUAAUUGUGAUUGUUUAUGUCGAGCAGUUUAACUAUGGUCGAUUUGGGAUUUGCAUUGAAAUGUAGUGAACAGUGGAGAUUAGAGAGCCGUUUUUUUCCUAGUAAAAUAGGUGGUAAACCAGCAUGGCUCGAUUUAAAAAACAUUCCUGGCAAAAGUGAGCUGGAGUGUGAGUAUUGCGGUAAUCCCUGUAUAUUUUUAUGUCAAAUCUAUGCACCAUACGACGAUCCUGAUACGUUUCACAGAACUAUAUAUAUUUUUAUAUGUAAGAACGUGGAGUGCUGCAAAUUUAACCAGAAUGGAAACCUAAAAGUUUUCCGUUCACAAUUGAAUAAACACAAUGUUUUUUAUUCACCAAACCCACCUAUCGAAAAGGAAGACUGGGAAACGAGUGUCGAUGUAUCAAAAUGGACAAAGACUUGCCAUAUUUGUGGUAUUUUAGCACCAUUUCACUGUUCCAAAUGUAAAGUUGUCAAUUAUUGCUUUCGUACACAUCAAAUACACGAUUGGAAAAAUGGGCAUAAAAAAAAAUGUGGUACCAAAGCAGAUAGUGUAAAUGAGAGAUUGUGUGAGAACAAUGAUAUUUUGUUUUCUGAGUAUGAGAUUACAAUUGACACCGAAGAACUUGAUAUGGAAGAUAUUGAAUGUGAACAGAAAGAACUUGAAAAAUAUAAUGCAAUGAUAAGAGAUGGUACAGCUGGCACUCUUCAGAAUGAAGAUAUGGAUGAUGAUUUAUUGCAGAUGGCUCUAGAUGAAAAGGAUGAAAUAUUUACAGAAUUCCACACAAAAGUUCAGGAGCAUCCAAAUCAAAUUCUAAGGUAUAACAGAGGAGGAGAAGUUCUAUAUAUCUCACCACAUAAUCAAGUAACAAAUAUUCCAAAAUGUCCAGAAUGCAAUGGCAACAGGCAAUUUGAAUUUCAAAUAAUGCCACAGCUACUACAUUAUCUUGGCUCAACAGACUUUAAAUGUCUUGAUUGGGGAAUAUUAGCUGUCUUUACAUGUGAACAAUCUUGCAAGCCUAACAACAAAUAUAUAAAAGAAUAUAUAUGGAAACAAGAUAUUGUACAAUAAAGAAAAAAAUCAGAAAUAAAGCAGAAGACAUAAAUGUA